UCCGCUGCAGUCUCUGACGGAGAGCUGAACAGCGUGGAGCUGCAGGGCUGCAGCAGCGACAGCCUCAACAGCAACGCCAGCCUCCCCAGCGUUCAGAGUCACCGGCGCCACACGGAGAGGAGGGUGGCCAGCUGGGCCGUCUGCUUCGAGAGGCUGCUCCAGGAUCCCGUGGGAAUCCGCUACUUUUCGGAAUUUCUAAAGAAAGAGUUCAGUGAGGAGAACAUUCUCUUCUGGCAGGCUUGCGAGUUCUUCAGCCACUUACCUGAGAAUGACAGCAUACAGCUCACUCAGCGAGCCAGAGAGAUCUACAACAGCUUCCUGUCCAGCAAGGCCACCACACCGGUCAACAUUGACAGCCAGGCACAACUUGCGGACGAUAUCCUCAAUGCACCGAAACCCGACAUGUUCAAGGAGCAGCAGCUGCAGAUUUUCAACCUGAUGAAGUUCGACAGCUACACCCGCUUCCUGAAGUCUCUGCUGUACCAGGAGUGCAUGCUGGCGGAGGUGGAGGGCCGGCCGCUCCCCGAUCCAUAUCACAUCCCGAGCAGCCCCACCUCCAAGCACAGCACCACCGGCUCUGACCGCUCCAACCUCUCGACGCCCAAGAAGGAAGAAAAACUCAAGAGCAAAUCCGGUCGGUCGUUGAACGAGGACAGCAGAGAGGACUCCGGGGACCGCAGGAGAGGCAUGUUUUUUUCAUGGUCCCGCAAUAGGAGCUUUGGAAAAGGCCCCAAGAAGAGAGAGCUGGCAGACUUCAACUACAAUUUCUCCGGCAGUAACGGUCGCCGUGAGUCUCAGGGCUCGCUGUCGUCGGGAGCCAGUCUGGAACUGGGAACGUCGGGUACAGGGAAAAACGAGGCCAGUCCACGAGGAGAGGGUGGUGGAACAUCAGAGCGAGGGGGAGGCAGUGCCCCCUUAAGGCAGUGCAACAUAAGCUUGCCGGAUGGCUCCUGUUGCUCCGUGCCCCUCAGGGCUGGGGUGUCCAUCAGGGACCUGCUGCAGGGCCUCUGUGAGAAGCUCUGCAUCAGCCUGGCAGCCGCGGACCUCUUCUUGGUUGGAGGGGAAAAGCCACUAGUUUUGGACCAAGACUGCAUGACACUCUGUUCAAGAGACCUGAGAUUGGAAAAACGUACCCUGUUCAGACUUGACUUGGUCCCCAUCAAUCGCUCGGUGGGUCUAAAAGCGAAGCCAACUAAGCCGGUGACGGAGGUCCUCAGGCCUGUGGUGGCCAAGUAUGGCCUGCACCUGUCUGGCUUGGAGGCCCGGAUUAGUGGGGAGUCAGAACCCUUAGAUCUAGGUCUUCCCAUUUCUAACCUGGACGGACUCCGAGUGGUUCUAGAUGUUGCAGAAAAUACUGUUGGAAAAGCAGACAAGCAGAAAGCAGUUUCCCCCAAGAGCCUCUUCCCAGCCUCCACAAGCAGAAACCAGUCCACACCAGGGAAGGACAGGUCACCCAGGAAAGCUGGGGAAAACGGCAAGGCUUUGCCCAGCAUUGAGUCGAGCAGCCAGCCCUUACCUAACCACUCUGUCUCUCUGCAUAAGGCCCCGGAGAACAGAAAGCAGAAAAAGAUUAAUAUAGACGAAGCCGAAGAGUUCUUCGACCUCAUAUCCAAAGCUCAGAGCAACCGAAACGACGACCAGCGAGGCCUGCUAAACAAGAGCGACCUGCAGCUCCCGGACUUCCUGCGGCUGUCGCCCGCACCGGCGAACACCGCUCACGGCUAUGAGUUCAACUCCUCCACCCCUAACUCCCGCAACCCCCAGAACGGCGGCUUCCCCGGCAGCAGUCGUCGCGGUAACAAGCCAAGCGGCAACGAGCGAGGGUUUCUGGGUGGCUCCCACCUGCUGAGCGCUAGUCAUCACUCCCAGAGCCUGGACUCUGGCAUCAGCCCGGACAGGGGCAGAAAAGCCAGGCCACCCCCGUCGUUUCCCAGCACCACCUCCCCCGUCCACCCCACCCAGCUCACCCGGCAUCAGGACUCCAUCCAAAUGCUGGAGGAGGAUGCCGUGUCCGAUCUGACUCUGGUGGGGGAGGGGGACAUAAACAGCCCCAGCCUGCACUACAUAACCCCCUCGGCUCUGCCGUGCACAUCCCGGCCCAUAUCCCAAAUCCAGGACCGCCGACCCAGCUCAGGUACCCCCCCGGUGUGAACUUUCCCGUCUUCCUCCACCUGGCGGAGUGAGACUGAAGACUCACCUGUCAGUGUGGAGCUUCUCUUUGCCCCCCCCCCCCGGGCAUCUAGAUUACUUCUAUCUAUUGACCAGAGAACUUGUGUCCGUUUGGUGGGAUCUGUAGUUUGAUGCACAGUUAGAGUAUUUAAGUGCUUUUAGAUUUGCCUAAAAAGAUGUUGGGCUCGAGUUGAAAGAACAGAGACAGAGCAAGAGAAAGUCACAGAUCCUGCAGCCAAAGAUCUGCUGUGAGGCGACAAAAAAAUGUUCAACCAGAGGGAGGGCUGGAGCGUUCUGUCUGCCACCUGCCCGGUGUGCUGUUCUUCUGAGUGGACUUGCUGUGGACUCUCAUUUUCUGGUGAGACUUGUGAUGGUUUGGUGACAAACUCCCUCCUCGACACGGCCAAUGUACAGAAUCAAACAAUGCACUUUAGCCUUUUACAAAGUUCCAUAUUUUAAAAACAUUUCUGCUCCGUCUUGUUUCCAUGUCUCAUUUAAAGUGUCUGCUGGAGAUCUCUGAGGUUCAUAAAACAAGUCAAGGUUGGGAGGCGGGACUCGUAGAGGCAGUCUCCUCAUUCUCUGCAUGUGACAUGGUAGACCUGACCACACAAAAACAAACUCGGGCUACUGCAAAAAACCCAACAGAUCAUCUUGAGUGCUUACGAUCCAACGUUGUCACUGGAUGAUACACAAACCUUGACUGUGAACCUCUUUUCUCUUUACUGUUUCAGUUUUGAGCUGCAGCAGUUCCCCACAAACCAAUGAGUCAAAGCUGUUUCACUUUUAAAUCUUUCAUCCUAAUAUUAAUUUAUCCACCACUCUCCAGUUUGUCUCCCUCUCUGAUAAAAGUAUAACUUUCUACAUAGUCCACUCCCUGACUCUGCCCCCUUUUUUAACCACUGCCUUUGAAGUUGUGUCUCAAUAGGAAUCGAUUCUGCUUUUCUGUCCCGAGCUGACUUUACAAUCUGUAAAUAUGUCAAAUAAAUGUUUUAGAGGUUCAAGGAUCUGUCCCUUCAUGGCUGCUGUCUGCUUGCUGUCUGUAGAUCAUCAGCUGCACCACUUCAGUUUGACUGUUCACUCUUCUGGAUUCAACUGGAAACCCUCAGCACUCCUAAAAAGACAAACUUUAAAGAAGAAAUUAUCCCUUUGGACAAGUGACUUGUCGAGGGUACACUCCGCCUGUUUUGGCUCCAGUAGCCCUGUGACCCUGGAUGGGGGGGGGUCUCACAGUUUUGGUAGAUUUAGGAACCAAUUGAGGAAGUCAUCAUCAGACCAGCGAUGGGGAAAAAACAUUGUUUUUUGUUCCAAGGCAAACAAUGUCAACUGCAUUCAAAAGACGGUUGCACUAAUUCUUCACUACUGAACAGCUUAGGCUGCCUGAGUAUUAGUGUGAAAGCUUCACACUAAUACUCAGGCAAGCCUUUAGCUUCAGCAUUUUCAGCUCUAAGCUUCAGUGUUUUUAGCUCGCUAUCAGUUUCAGUAUUUUUAGCUGUCAGCUCUAGCACCCUCACUAACAUUAUUGCAGGUAAUGCUGUAUUACUAGCUAGCUUCUGUCACAGCGUGACUACAUUUGGACGUGUGAAGGUUGACUGCUGUACAGCAUAGCCUCUUAUUUUUAGCCUAUAUUUGCUGGUAUGUUCCUCACCAGUAAGUUUAUCAGAGUUUUUAUGAUUUAGAACAUAAUGCCAAUUUAUGUUGAACUGUUUGAACAUUAUGUUAACUUGAGGUACAACAAAGUAUUCGUCCUCCCCGUAGCUUAAAAAACGGCUCUUCUCACCAGCAUCCUGCUUUUUCUCAAAGGAACCGGAUCUAACUCCAUUUUUAAUGUGGCAGUCAUAAGGUCCCUUUUUUCAAUUUGUUUUCAGCGUCUGCCCCCAUUGGUGACACUGUGACACUGCACCGUCAAACUCCAGAAGUCUUCUUCACCUUCCGGCUUAUCCCAUUUUUUAGGGUCACCACAGCGUAACAGCACCCACUGUUUCGCAUCAGUGAUUUGGCAGAGUUUUUACGCCGGAUGCCCUUCCUGACACAACCCUGUACUUGAGGGGCACAGGGACCCAGUUAGGCAGCAGCGUCAAGGGUCUUACCUAAGGAACCAAAUUACUGUUUAUUCCUGUAAUGUUACCAGGAACCACAAGAUUCAUUUUUUUUCAGAGGACUAUGCAGUUGGACAAUCAAUUCUAAUUAACUGGCACCAAAAAAUGUUUCUGCAGCCUGCUAUUGACCUGCAGACCACAGGUGAUAAAACAUAGGACAGAUAAAACAUAUAAUUUCUCUUCAUUUAGUGUCAUGUCAGGAGUGGUUAAAAACAAGUUUACUUUACUGUUAUAAGAUCAACUCAUUAAAAAACGUAAAUACAUAAACAAAAUUUAACCAACAAAUAGGAAACUAAUCAGAAUACAUCGACACUUUAUGACAAAAACUUCAGGUGAAACAUUUCAACCCCCCGCACGCACUUACUUGCAUGCAGCUCUCCUUUAAUCCCAUUUCUCCCACUCCACUCCCCGCACUGCUCCUCUUCAUUCAUGGAAGUAUUUGCAUGAAUCGUGUUCACAACUUCUCCAUUCAUCUGAAUGGAUGAUCUUGUUGGAGCGUUUCUAUGACCACUCUAAAAAUUAGAUUAGUUCAUUAAAGUCACAUCUCUAUCAAACGGGUACGGUGUGCGGAAUCACCUGUUCUUCUGUUCCUGCACUUAUCCAUCCAUUUGCAGAGAAAGGUUCCACAUACAUCUGUUCUCGUGUUACACGACGCCGCACUACUUUUAGUGGUCAAGCUAAUCGAGAGAAUCCGGUCAAUUUUUAAAAUAAGAUUUCCGAAAAGAAAAAAAAAAACUUUGGGUCCGUGGCUCAGUGGUUGGGGACCACUGCUGUUAGGGAUACAGCGAGUUCUGAAGAUGGACUUAAGACAAGUAUUGGAUUGUGAUAAUCUCAAAACAUCAAUUUCAGCAAAUGUUUUCAAGAACCUGAAUUUGUGACUGUGGUAGCUUAACAGCCCCGUGUCAUUAUGCUCCCACCACCAUGUUCUGCUGUGGAGCUUGUUACUAGAACUGAGUGCUUGAUCUAACCAGACCAACAACUGCUUCCAGCACUUAUCCCCAUUUUGCAAACUCCAGUUUUUCUUUGACUUCUGUCUGGGUUUUGAUAACUUCUGUUCAAAAGCAUCCUUGAGGAAGAGCGUCUGCAAAAGUCUUCACCACAGAUCCAACACAGGAGAAUACUGUUAUUGUAAUUUCUUCAGAUAUCCAUACGUCCUUCUGGUCUGUCAAAACAGCUCAGUGUAGUGAUGAGAAGAAGACUAAAGUCUGAUUUUUACCAUUGACCACUUUAGAAAAUUGAUGCUGCUUUACCAUUUUAUUUCAUUAUUAUAUUUUUUUAAGUCAAGUUGAGCUGGAAUUUGACCUAAUAUUAAAGGAAAGAAUUUCAUCAUCAUUUUUACAUCAUAAAAUACAAAGACAAUUAUCACCGUGGAUGAUUAGAAUGAAGGAUUUUAAAAUCUCAAUGUACAUUUAAUCAACAAAUAAAUACAUUUUUAUGAUUUUAAUUAAAAGGUGUUUGGGUUUUUUAACCUUCUUUCCACUCCCCAUCAUUUUGACAUCUUCUUGCCUUCUGUCAGUUUUUGUCUUUUCUCUGGACAGUUUUUUAUCUGCAUACCCUGGUGUUCUCUGAGAGUCUCAGUUGGCUUUCUUUUGUCAAUCCUGCCUGCUUGACUAUGCAAAAAACAAAAAAAGCACAAACAUGCAUAUGGUUAUAUGUUACACACUAACUGUCUGCACAUGUUUAUGUUUAGUUAACAUUACUAUUUAAUUUGUUGUUGAUCUCUCCAACCAAUUUCAUCAAAUAAGGUCUUUGUAAAUAAGAAAUGAGAGAGAGCGUGAAUUAAAAUUAGAAUCUGAGCCAGUCCUAUAGGACAUCUGGAAUUGAAGCCAAUCAUUUACAUAAAACACAGGAAAAUAAUGAUUAAGCAAAAUUGUAUUUUAGUGCAUAAACUGAGACUUAUUAAUAUCGUCAAAAGAAAUUGGCAGUAGUCAGGUUUGAACUGGAGUGCACUUUAUUUCAGUUGAACUCAGUGAUGCUUCAUUAUCAACACAAAGACAAAAAGAAGCACAAAACUAUGAAACUAAAUAAACAUUUUUGGCCUACGUCUCUGCAUACAUUGAGACUUUUCAUGAUUAGAUUUGAUCACAGCUGGAAUUCCUCUCUGUGCAGCUAAACAUGACGAGAAAUCGAGCAGAAAACAAUUCUUCUUCACAUUCAGAUUUAAGCAUAAAAUAUUUUCUGUUUCUUAAAAUGUAACAAAUUGAUUCUAUUAGAAAGAAGGGAAUCCUAAAUAAAGAACAAAUGUAUUCAACAUCUUGGAUAUCAAAGAGGAUAUCUGUGAACUCUGAACUGAGAAUCUGCUGUCCUCCUUUGGCCAGUAGAUGGCAGCAGGCUGUGUUCAGAGAGGACGGCGUCUUUCCCAUCAAACCAUCAUUUCAUGACAUGAACACAUCUUCAAUGUCUCUUCUACUGCAUCUGUCUGUGAUGAGCUGUUUUUUUGGUUGCUGUUCUGGUUUUCUACAUAAUGUCAUUGGAAUUGAACCCAAACAUAAGAGCGUG